ACUCUCGUCCUCGCUAAGUGUCCUCGGCGUCUCAACCACAGCCUCCCGAACAGGUCGUGCAUUUUACAGCAAAGUCAUCCGUGUUUAGUCUUUAAAAACAUACCAUAAAAAGAACGUAGGCUAAGCGAUGGAAAUGUGUAUUUCCUAGUGAGUCGACUUGGGUCCUGAGAAGCCACUCCUACGACACAUCUACCUCACGCACGCAAACAACACUAGUUAAUCUCGCACGCCGGGCUUCGUGUGUCUGACAUGAUGUCCGCCAUCUGUCGAUGCGGUCUGCUCAGCCGUGUCUCUAAGUUACACACGAGCUCGACACAGGUCCUGAGGUGUGGGUACGUUGUGCCUCCACAGAGGAGGACGCCCGACAUCCGCCUGCGAGUUGGACACAGCGCCGUAACGCAGACGACCGUGAGCAUGGCGAACAAGGGGAGGAAGCGCAGUGUGUCUGGUUCGAGGUGCCUGUCAAGUUCAACUGAGAAUGGAGCAACUCGAGUGAAGAGGGUUUCCAUCGAGGGCAACAUUGCUGUUGGAAAGUCGACCAUCGCAAGACUCAUGCAGUCAGCUUGUCCUGAAUGGGAGGUGGUGGCAGAACCAGUCAGCCAGUGGCAGCACAUUGAGAAUGGGACCUUGCAGGGGCCAGACGCGUCCCCCCAGACGACAGUCAGCAACCUGCUGCAGAUGAUGUACCAGGACCCUCAGCGCUGGUCCUACACGUUCCAGACGUUUUCCUGCAUGAGCCGCCUGAGAACGCAGCUGCAGCCUCCUCAGGUUCACCUGCUGAGCUCAGAGAGAACACCUGUCCAGGUGUAUGAGCGCUCCAUCUACAGCGACAGAUACAUCUUUGCCCUGAACAUGUUUGAGCUGGGUUGUAUCAACUCGACAGAGUGGGCAGUCUACCAGGACUGGCACUCCCUCCUGGUGGAACAGUUUGGACACCAGGUGGAGCUGGAGGGCAUUAUCUACCUCAGGGCUCCACCAAAGAAAUGUAUGGAGCGUCUGGAGCACCGGGGAAGGGCAGAAGAGAAAGGCGUGAAACUGGACUAUCUGGAUAAGCUGCAUGUUCAACAUGAGAAGUGGCUUGUUGAGAAGAGCACUGAAUUACAUUUUGAGAAGCUGAAACAAAUACCUGUGUUGCAACUGGAUGCCAGUGUGGAGUUUCAGAGUGACCAAGAGGUGCAGGAGGAAAUGAUUAGAAAGAUGAAAGAAUUCUUCAAAGCUUUGUGAGAAGACGAGACGUCAGCUACCAUCACCAGUGGGAAACGGAUGAGACCAGUACAAAUAACUACACAAGUCUCUCAGAGAGGGACGGAAAUAUAAAGUAGUAUUCAAGGGUUUCUCUUCUUGAUAAGUUGCAGGAGCGGGUCAUGAAACACAGAUUUAGUUUUUUUUUCUGUCCACAAAUGUUUUACCUCAAAAGAAACUGUGAGUGUUGCAUUGUUUUCUGCUUUUGUUAUUUGUAUGUUAUGUUAGUUAAAAGUUAGUUGUUAUACUGUUAAUUUCACUUGAAAUCUAAACUAAGUCUGUGCUGUUAUUUUUUGGAAACAGUUUUCUGAGCAUCAGACAGUUGUUGUGUCAGUUACUGACAAUGAACAAGUAUUGUAAGUAUUUUAUUAGUUGUGUGUUAUCAAAUACAAACCCAUUCUUAUUGUUGUGAUGUAUUGUACCAUUUUUUUAAUCAAUUAAAUGACAUCUUUUAUUCCUA